AUGCAGAUGAUUUUGCGCAGGACACAGUUCGGAUCCGGUCGCCUGGCACAUAUCACAAAGGAGUACAUCGAAUUCAACCCUACUGGGGCCCAUCUAAGCUGGAGUGGAAUUCCAGAAGACUCGAUCACCGAUUCGCAAUGUGGUGGAUACAUACUUGGUUUUGUUCGCAGCGUUGACGGUGGAGGCAGACAACGUGGAUAUCGAUUGCGGGGGGAACAGCAUUGCUUCGGGAUCAAUAACGUCAGCCAGUUACUCAAAUAUAAGAAGUCGACGACGAGCAUGUAUUUGACGAUGAAGUCCACGGGUGAGGCUGUGCAGGGCUUCAGGUUGGGAGUGACAGAAUUUUGUCAGGACCCGCGGGUGGGCUGGUUGUGGACAUAG